AUGGGGCCGGCGCCGCCGCCACCGCCGCCUCUUCCUCCUCCUCCUUCCCUUCUUUUCUCCUCCUCCUCCCCCUCCUCCUCCUCCUCCUCCAACCUAAACUCCUCAGCGCCAACCUCAGAGCAAAACGCUGCAUCAUCUCCUCAGUCGGAUGACCUUUGCAGCUGUGACGCAAACGGAGGUUUCCACAAAAUAGGAGGAUUAAGCUACAAAAGGAGAAGGCGAGAGCAAAAAGCCAAGAAGAGAUUGAAAAAAACGAGUCGGGCGUGGAAAUCCGAUGGUCGGCCUUUCAGUCCUCGUGCGAAGAAGAAGAAGAAGAAGAAGAAGAAGAAGAAGAAGAAGAAGAAGAAGAAGAAGAAACAGCACAACGGUUCAAAAUCAGAUGAUAAUUUCGACAAUGCAAUUGCGGUCUGCUUGAUCAAAGACGACACAACAAAUGACCACGGUUCCAAAUUAGCGGUUUCUAUUUAG